AUGUCUGAUACACGAGGAGAAGCUCGCGAUAGAGACUCGAUGCAUGGGACCAAGCCGACAAUAAGAACAAGCUGGAAAUCACUCGCCACUUUCACGGCAAGCCAACAUGUUCCAGUCUUGGCGCUUGGAACUCUUUUUGCCCUGCUCGCUGGCUGUGUGACCCCAGUGCUCGCUGUCCUUCUCGGAAACAUGUUUGACGCUUUCACGUCCUUCGGCGCCGGUCAUUCGAACGCGAACUCACUUCGGUCGACGAUGAUCACAAAUUGCUUGGGUAUGGUAGGACUUGCAGGUGCAGGAUUGGUACUCAACGGGGCCUACUUCAUGGUCUUCGUGGCAUUCGGAGAAAUUCAAGCUUCCGUUAUCCGUGAUAAAGUCUUCGAGGAGCUGUUGAAACGCGACGUCGAGUGGUUUGAAGCUCACAAAGAAGGCAUGGGCGCUUUCCUCUCCGGUAUUCAAUCCCUCCCAGCCGCUGGGGCUAAUCUUACAAUAUUCAUGCCGGAUCGUCGCAUCUCUCGUGCUGGCAUUCUAUACCUCCUGGCGAUUAUCUGUGCGCGAAUGAAAGGAAGCAUCACGGCGCAACAAGUAGAGCUCACGGAAGCAUCCAAAGUUGUCAACAAUGCCAUUACAUCUAUUGAUACCGUCAAAUGUUUGAAUGCGGAGGAAAACGAGAUGGAGAGCUACUCUUCGCGAAUUGAGAGAUCAGCGUUCUACUAUCUCCAACAAGCACGGCUGAAUUCCGUGCAGAUCGCCAUGAUUCGAUGGAUGAUGUUCGGGAUGUUUGUUCAGGGGUUCUGGAACGUGGUUCGGACAUUCUGGGCCUGCACCACUGCUGCUCAGUCUAUCGAGCAGAUUCUACCACAGGUCAUCGUGAUGGAAAAGGGUAAGAUUGCUAGUGCAAUUCUUAGUUCCAUCGUCCGAGAUCGUGGAAGACAUCGGCUUCAGAGUGAACUGCGAGGAACGCAGUAUCCGCUCUAUUGUAAAGGCUUGAUUGAGGUGAAAAAUGUGUCUUUCGCAUACCCUACUCAGCCUGAACGAAAUGUCCUUACCCCGUCGAACUUUGUCUUUCCUGCUGGUGAAACUCGAUUCGUCAUAGGAAAGAGCGGUUCAGGGAAAAGUACCCUCGGUGCACUUCUUCUGCGAUUCUACCUCCCGAAAACAGGCCAGAUUAUGGUUGAUGGAUAUCCGCUGUAUUCAUUGGAUGUGAGCUGGAUCAGGAACAACAUAACAUUACUUGAACAGAAGAGCGUCUUGUUCAAUGAUUCUGUUUACCGAAAUAUGACACUUGGUCUCAAAAACUUCCCCGUCGUCAACGCAAAGGACAUAAACGAGGCUAUCGAGCUCGCGAUGCUUGAAAGUACAAUUCUCAACUUGCCUAAAGGACUGAAUACUUUAGUAGGCCCUGGUGGAAGUUUCCUCAGUGGGGGUCAACGCCAAAGAGUUGCGAUCGCCAGAGCCAAGCUUCGUGACACGCCGAUCCUCAUCCUCGAUGAGCCAACGAGUGCCCUCGACAAUAUGAAUCGUGUUGCAGUCAUGGAAGCUAUUCGCGAGUGGCGAAAAGGAAAAACCACAAUCAUCAUCACUCAUGAUAUGUCACACAUUCGGCCCGAUGAUUUCGUCUAUAUUAUGGAGAAUGGGUCAAUCGUUCAUGAAGGCUACAGAUACGAAGUGGAAAGGCUUCCGGGAAAUGAAAAGUACUUCCCAUCUAUGGUGAGAUCUCGUUCUGGAGCGAAGCUCUUGAAAGUCAAGUCCAUUAGAAAGCAACCCAGUCGUUCGUCCAUCGCGUCAUCUGUCAGGAGCCGUCGGAGUCGCAGGAGCAAGAAAUACAGAACUCAGCUGCCCAGGCGAGUCCGCCAAUCUCGGAGGACCUCCUUUUUGCAACAUCAUUUACCUCCUGGGUUCCGGUCGAGCAUCUACGACAUUCCGAAGCGAAAACACAAGGUUUACUCCGAAUCUCUCAGAGCUGCUAAGAAACUUCCAAUAUCCUCUCGAGAAUCUCUUUUCCUGCUGACUAGCCAAACCAUGCAAAGACCAGCAUCACCAUCAAGAGUAUACUCCCAAGGCUCAGAGGAAGGAAUUGAACUGGCAGAGAUCAACCCACACAGGCCCAACCCAGGAGAAUCUCUGCCGCAGCUGCCUGAGCCAACGGUCCAUCGCCGGUCUACAUCCCAGACAGUACAUGCCCGUUAUCAGCGAUUGGAACCUAUUCCCAAAUCACCCAGCGAGAAGAAACCAGAACCAGCUACAUUGACCAAGAUCUUAUGCACGAUAAUACCCAGUCUCACCCCAAUUGAUAGACUCAUCCUUCUCAUUGGGGUGCUAUCUGCAGUCAUCCACGCAAGUGCGACUCCAAUAUUCUCGUACUGCCUGUCCCAGCUGGUUGCAACAUUCUAUAUCACAGAAAAUAGCGCACAUAUGGCCAUGGUGUGGUCACUCGCUGUUCUUGGUGUAUCUACGGGCGAUGGGGUGACAUCAUUCUUCAUGCACUAUUUUCUGGAAUUUUGUGGUGAAGCAUGGAUGAAUACACUGCGAAAGAAAUCCUUUAAGCGGGUUCUCGACCAGCCCAAAGCCUGGUUCGAAGAGGAUGGCAACGGUGCUUACAGAAUUGCAUCUUACCUCGACCAAAACGGAGAGGACAUGCGGAAUUUACUUGGCCGUUUCGCUGGAUUCUUCAUCACUGCAGCUUCUAUCAUGAUUAUUGCCAUUAUUUGGAGCUUGAUCGUUUGUUGGAAGCUGACUCUCGUGGCCCUGGCUUGUGGACCGAUCAUUUAUGCCAUCACCCGUGGCUUCGAGAUAACCAAUGGGCGAUGGGAGAGGCGAUGCAAUGAAGCCAAUGCCAUUGUGUCUGACAUCUUCACUGAGAUAUUCUCCGAGAUUCGCACAGUCAGGGCACUCACGCUCCAGCCCUAUUUCCGCGACAAACACUCUUCAGCGGCCAAGAACUGUCUCAAUGUCGGGCUGAAACGGGCCAUCUACACGGGAGCCAUGUUCGGUCUUGUCGAGACUACUGUAAUAUUAGCAAGUGCACUGAUCUUCUAUUAUGGAGCAAUCCUGGCCGCCUCAGAGUUCACCGUCGACGAUGUUGUCCAAGUAUUUUCCCUCUUGCUCUUCAGCAUUGGAUAUGCUGCACAAAUAUUAUCUUGGAUUCCCCAGAUAAACACCUCGAAAGAAAUAGCGACCCAUCUGCUCCGACUGUCACAGCUUUCAAAGCACAACUCUCACGAGCACCGUGGAAAAACGAGAGCCUUUCGUCUUACACCGAUAAGACUGAAGAACCUUUACUUUCGAUACCCAUCUAGGCCCAAGACUCCUGUUCUGAAGAACGUCUCGUUCUGCAUCCAAGAAAGUUCGUGUACAGCAAUUGUUGGAAGAUCAGGCUCCGGCAAAUCCACAAUUGCUUCCCUACUGCUCGCGCUCUACGAAGCUCCGGGGUCCAAAACUGGUCGAGCCAGCAUAACCCUCGGAAACCAAAGCAUACGCGACCUCCACGUCCCCACCCUCCGCUCCAUGAUCUCCGUCGUAUCCCAACAGCCCACUAUUUUCCCAGGCACCAUCCAAAGCAACAUUAGUUACGGCCUCAACCCCACCAACUGGCUCGCUUCUCUCGACAGCGUGCGCUCCGCAGCACAGGCAGCCGGAAUCGACGAGUUCAUCAUGUCUCUCCCUCUGGGCUAUUCGACUGUAAUUGGCGACGGCGGUAUCGGUCUAUCAGGCGGCCAGAAACAGCGACUGGUCAUAGCCCGAGCUCUGCUGCGCCACCCUCAGAUCCUUAUUCUCGAUGAAGCGACCUCCAGUCUUGACCCCGCCGGCGCGGAGCUCGUCCGUCUAACAAUCCAGCGACUUGUAGCCACUCGGCAGAACCUCACCGUGAUCAUCAUCACGCACGCGAAGGACAUGAUCCAGAUCGCGGACCACGUCAUCGUGCUUGAUCAGGGUGUGGUCGUCGAGGACGGGUCAUACGGGGCUCUCGUAAAAAAAGAAAAUAGCAGACUACGCGAACUGAUCAACGAUCCGGAGGGGAACAGUGGCGCCUAA